AAAUUGUACAUACCAAGGUAAGCAAGGGAUCACAUCACAGCCAGCAGGAGGCGCCUUCACGUAAGGCAGUGCUCUGCAGACAUCACUGGGUGGAGUGGCCGCCUCAUUUAAAAUUCAGGGCGCUCGCAGUUUCUCCAUGGUUGAAAGCUGGUCAAAUCUAUGACGGAGCAAUGCCGUGUUGAGGAAUUGAGCGCUUGCGACGGCAAGUCUAAGUUGAGUGGAGCUAGCGGCAGUCAUCUCCUGCUCUUUACAAGCUGUAUCAGACAGCAAGGAGCCGCUGUUGAGAAACUUUCUUAUGUGUAAACUUAAACGUAAAGUAGGUUGUCAGUUCCGAGAGGGUCCAGUAGUGGCAAAACUACACUUCUGGCUCUGAGAAGCAUGCGAUAGUCAGCUUUUGGAUCUAGGCCUUCGCUCCUUUUCCCGUGUUGAUGGCGGGGCAUACGCGACUUGUGCCCCUGUUCCUUAUCUUUCUCCUCUUCUUCGCCACCCGCUCUUGCGCACAGUCGUCAUCCUUGUCAAACAGCUCCUCUCCGUGCCUCCGCUCCCUCUCGCAAGCCUCCCAGUUCUCCAAAUUUGCCGCUUACAUCAGCUCAGUAGGCCUUGCGCCAGGGUUGCUGGACGCUAUCGCUAAUAGCGGUGGUGGAAUCACCGUCUUUGCCCCGCUAGAUGGGGCCUGGGACGGUAUGUCUCCCAAUGCAACGACGUUUUUGACGACACCGGCGAACGCGCUCGUUUUGCAAAGGCUCCUUUUCUCACACGCGGUGGGAGGGAGCUUGCCGGCCGCCCGGUUCACAAACAACGAGACGCUCAUCUCUUUGUCUGGGGAGCCUCUGCUCAUUCUCAGAGCAACUAGUGUCCUUCAGGUGGAUAGUUUCCCCAUCACCGCGCCGGAUACUAUCGUUGCUGCUGACUGCGUUGUACAUGGCUUCAACGGCAUCAUCGUUCCCUUCACCAUCCCGGUUUCUUCAGGCCUCAUGCCGACCACACCGCCCCUCUUUGGGGGACCUGUGCUUCCCGCCCCGGCCCCAGCUCCAGUACCUGUCCCCGCACCGGCCCCCCAGCCAGCCCCUGAGCCUGCGCCGGCCCCCCAACCGGGCCCUGCGCCUGCCCCCGCGCCGUCUGCUUUCCCUUGCAGCACCAUCCUAGAAACAGCUGUAAAUACUGGCCGUUACAGACAGCUAGUUCAGGUUCUCCAAGCAACCGGCUUGGACUUAGCAAUCAGGACUCUUACCAUUCCGGUGACAAUCUUCGGCCCCACGGACGACGCCUUCAACGCCAUUCCCCCCGCGCUGCUUCUCAAGCUCGGCGCCAGCUCGGACGUCCUGCAGCGAAUACUGCUCUACCACGUGGCAGACGGGUACCACCCCGCGGCGUCGCUGCUGAGCAAGGGCAACGUCAGCCUGUCGUCAGAGCUACAGGGCCUGCCUAUCCCCGUCUUCUCCUUGAACCAGUCCACCCUCUUCGUCGGGCCCCCCGGGUCUAGUGGCGCCGUAACGGAGCCCGACUUGGCACUCGUUCAGCCCCUCUGUGCGUUACACGGCAUCAACACGGUGAUGAUCCCCCCGGGCUUCGUCUUCCCGGGGGCUCCCGGGCCCGCCCCGGUCGCGACGCCGGUCGUCACACAGAACAGUUCCUCAAGCGGCACACUGACAGUUCCUGGCGCCCCUCAGCCAUCCAGGAGAAGCGGAGCAAAGAGUAUAAGCCCAGGUUGGACUGCCAGCUGUCUUGUGUCGCUGGCAGCCGUAGUAGCUACCGCUCUGCUGUAGUUGGAUCCGCGUUACUUUGGGAUCAAUAAGACUCCAGCUGCUCUCUGACAGGUGAAGUGGCAAGCAUUGCUAGCAGGAAGACAGGGCAUCGAGCCUUUCAGGCAGACCUGACCCUGAUAACGGCCCCAGCAUACUUUUGGGCAUAUCAGAGGUUACAAUAUACAAGGUAACAUGAGUGGAUUCAGUGUCAAGGGGCCCGAACCUUCAUGUAGGGGCGACGAGCUCCUCUACUAUUCUAGUACUAGUGUCGUAGAGAAGGCAAUCUGCAAAAUUGCGGAUGGCCCAUGCAAGGCUGCCGCGCCACUUCGAUUGGACUCGAAAGCGUAACAUGGUCAAGUUACUGCAUGAGCUCUUAGGUAGUUGUGCAACUUAUAUAUCAGUAUUGUGAAAUGCGAACUCGAGUCCUAGUUUGAUCGUGCUAAUCAGUAACUGUUUGGCUCGAAAGCCUUUCGUAAACUCAUGCUCACGUUUUCAAGAGGAAGAGGCAGUCGAGAAAGAAUUUGUGCAUGCAUCUAGGCCGCGCUGGCGGAGCGGGGAUUAGUACGGGUACCAUCGGAACUAGCUACAGCUGCAGGGGUCUGCGGGUGUCAACAGAACUAUACAGCUAGGGGUACGUACGUUGAGCCAGCACAUGUGCAUUGAACGAUUUAACGACUGUGUGUUAAGUUAUAGGUACCGCAGUCGCUAUAGGCGGCCAUGGAUCACGUACUGAUUGG